AUGGAAAGGAUUAAAUCUCUUUUUCAAAUAAAAAAAUCCAAUCGAAAUGUUCAACAUAUCAGAGAAGAAUAUUCAUUUAUUUCUCAACAUCAUCAUCAUCCAUCUAUAACAGAUCAAUUCCAUCUAUACGAAGAAAAUCCAAUAAAUAGAUCUUAUCCAAAUGAAAAUGUUAAAUGUCAAACUAAUUCUCAAUUAUAUUCAAAUUGUGAAUCAAAUCAAAUAAUUAUGAAUCAUAUUGAGAAAAUCAAAACAAAAUUUCAUCGUCCAACAAAUUCAUCAACUAUAGAAAAUGAUUCAUUGGUGUCAUGUGAAGAAAAUAAAAAAAGUAUUGAACAAGAAAAUGUUUAUCGCCAUAGUGUAUUAAUAACACAAAAACUUCAAUGUGAUGAAUAUCUUGUUUUACAACAUGUUGAAAAAUUAUUAAAUAAUUUAUCUUUAUCACAUAAUAGAUUUAAAGAUGAAACAUUUCCAGCAACAUCUCAAUCACUUUAUAUUAAUGGACAUUCACUUUCAAAAUCAACUUUAGCACUUUUACCUGAUCAACAAACAAAUUUAUCUUCAAAUCAUCAAAUUCAAUGGUUAAGACCUGAUCAAAUAAAUCCAUCAGAAUGGAAUCAAAAUUCAAUUAAUCAAUGGACUGUUUUUAGAAAUCCAAAACCAAAUGAUGUUGUUCAAGGAGCUUUAGGUGAUUGUUGGUUUAUUACUGCUUUAAGUGUUCUCGCUGAAGAAGCUGAAUAUUUAAUGAGAGUACUUAUUACGAAAGAAUAUAAUUCUCAAGGUCUUUAUUAUGUUCGUUUAUGUAAAGAUGGUGAAUGGACACAAGUUAGUGUUGAUGAUCGUCUUCCAUGUACACCAAGUAAAAGAUUAGCUUAUUCUCAAACACAUCGAAAACAACUUUGGGUUCCAUUAAUUGAAAAAGCUUUAGCAAAAUUAAAUGGAAGUUAUGAAGCAAUUAUUGCUGGUCGUUGUUGUGAAGGUUUAGCAACAGUGACAGGUUGUCCAUGUGAAACAUUAAUUCUUGGUCGAACAAAUAAUCCAGAUGAUAAAAAUGUUGAUUAUGAUAAAUUAUGGAUGAAAUUAUUUCAUGCACGUUCACAAAAAUUUCUUAUGUGUGCCAUGUGUAGUAAUAAACAAAUAACAAAACAAGAAUUUGAAAAUGUUGGUUUACUUAAUAUUCAUGCUUAUUCAUUACAAGAUGUUAAACAAUCCAAUGAUGGAAUACAUAAAUUAAUUAAAUUAAGAAAUCCAUGGGGUGGAACUUAUAGAUGGAAUGGUGAUUGGUCUGAUGAUUCAUCUUUAUGGAAUCAAAAUUUAGAUUUACGAAAAGAAUUAUUAAAAGAAAAACGAAGUAAACGUGAUGGAGUAUUUUGGAUGCCAUUUCAAUCAUUUGUCAAAUAUUUUGAAUGUGUUGAUAUAUGUAAAAUACGAUCAGAUUGGUAUGAAGUUCGUGAUUCAGCUAAUUUUUAUCCAGAAGAUGGAAUGAUGCAAGGUUAUUAUUUAACAAUUAAAACUAUUACUGAACUUGAUAUAACAUUACAUAGAAAAAUAAGUAAAAAUCUUCGUAUUCAACGAAGUGAAGUUAGUCUUUGUGUGGCAAUUGUUAAUAUUGAAGAACAAACAAAUAAAUAUUAUAGAAUUUAUUCAAUUCCUAUUUUAAGUCAACGUGGUCAACAUAAAUUUGUUUCAACAGAUGGUUAUCUUCAACCAGGAACUUAUAUGAUUUUACCAUUAUUAUAUAAUCCAAUUAAUAAACAAAUGGAUAAUACCGAAUUUAAUAUUGCUGUACAUAGUUCUCGUUCAAUUGAUCUUGAACGUAUUAAAAUUCCAUUGAGAGUUCAACGAGAAUUUUUAAUAAAACUUUGUAUAUUUUAUGGUGAACAAGUUUCAAUUGGAAAUCAAACAAAAACUGAAUGUGAUGAUGGUGUAAAAAUUUAUGAAUUAAAAAAAUAUUGGGAUGGACUUAUUUUACUUGUGGAAAAUCGAAAUUUAAAUAAAAAUGUUCAUUUUCAUUUUCGUUGUACUUUAUCACAAAAUGCAUUUAUGUCAAGAAAAGAUUCAAAUCAUCAAUUAUUUGAUGUUAUUCCAUCGAUGCAUAGACAAAUUAUUGUUACAAUUGCAAGAAAAAAUGCGUCACAUUCAUUUACUAUUGGACAUGAUUUUCAAUAUAAUCUUUCUUCACAAGAUUUUAUUAAAAAAUUCUCAAAUUAA